CGGGCUGGAAGAUAUUCAGGGGACACCCCAUUCCCAAGCCGCCUCCCUGGUGGCCCCACCUCCCGUUUGGGGUAUCCCAGCACGCCUGACGGCGGGCCGGGGCGCUCCCCAGCCAUGUCGUUCCGGAAGGUGGUGCGGCAGAGCAAAUUCCGGCACGUGUUCGGGCAGCCGGUGAAGACGGACCAGUGCUACGAUGACAUCCGCGUGUCCCGUGUCACCUGGGACAGCACCUUCUGCGCCGUCAACCCCUCCUUCGUCGCCAUCAUCGUGGAGGCCAGCGGCGGCGGCGCCUUCCUCGUGCUCCCCCUGCACAAGACCGGGCGCAUUGACAAGUCGUACCCCACCGUGUGCGGCCACACGGGCCCCGUCCUCGACAUCGACUGGUGUCCCCACAACGACCACGUCAUCGCCAGCGGCUCCGAGGAUUGCACCGUCAUGGUGUGGCAGAUCCCGGAGAACGGGCUGAGCCAGCCGCUGACGGAGCCGGUGGUGGUCCUGGAGGGCCACUCGAAGCGCGUUGGCAUCGUCACCUGGCACCCCACCGCCCGCAACGUGCUGCUCAGCGCGGGCUGUGACAACGUGGUGCUGAUCUGGAACGUGGGCACGGCGGAGGAGCUGUACCGGCUGGACGGGCUGCACCCCGACCUCAUCUACAGCGUCAGCUGGAGCCGCGAUGGCUCCCGCUUCUGCACCGCCUGCAAGGACAAGAGCGUCCGUGUCAUCGACCCCCGCCGCGGCACCGUGGUGGCCGAGAAGGAGCGGGCGCACGAGGGGGCCCGUCCCAUGCGCGCCAUCUUCCUGGCCGACGGCAAGAUCUUCACCACCGGCUUCAGCCGCAUGAGCGAGCGGCAGGUGGCGCUGUGGGACACGGAGAACCUGGAGGAGCCCAUGGGGCUGCAGGAGCUGGACUCCAGCAACGGGGCUCUGCUGCCCUUCUACGACCCCGACACCAACGUGGUCUACGUCUGCGGCAAGGGGGACUCGAGCAUCCGGUACUUCGAGAUCACGGAGGAGCCGCCCUACAUCCACUUCCUCAACACCUUCACCAGUAAGGAGCCCCAGCGGGGAAUGGGCUGGAUGCCCAAGCGCGGGCUGGACGUCAGCAAGUGCGAGAUCGCCAGGUUCUACAAGCUGCACGAGCGCAAGUGUGAGCCCAUCAUCAUGACCGUGCCAAGGAAGUCGGACCUGUUCCAGGACGACCUGUACCCGGACACGGCCGGCCCCGAGGCGGCCAUGGAGGCGGAGGAGUGGGUGGCGGGGCGCACGGCGGGGCCCGUGCUGGUGUCCCUGCGCCAGGCCUACGUCCCCAGCAAGCAGCGGGACCUCAAGGUGAGCCGGCGGACGCUGCUACACGACAGCCGCGCCACCGCGGCCACCGGGGCCACCACGCCGCCCUCCACGCCGCCCGCGGCCCCUGCGUCCUCUCGCUUCAGUGCCCCCCCGGCGCUCGGCUCCGGCAGCACCGCGGGCGGCCGCCUGGACGAGGUGCUGCAGGAGGUGGCGGCGCUGCGGGCGCUGGUGGCGGAGCAGGGCCAGCGCAUCUCCCGCCUGGAGGAGCAGCUCAGCCGCCUCGAGAAGGGGGGGCUGGCCACCCCUCUGGCAGCUCCCCGCUUCCCCCCCAUUGCCUUACUGGAGGGCGGGGAGAGACCCCUGAGCGAGGGGGGGGUGGCGGGGGGCAGCGCCGAGGCCCUGCUCAGUGACCUGCACGCCUUCUCGGGGACGGCGGCCUGGGGGGACACGCGGCCACACGUCACCGCCUUGUGA